CGCGGGCAGCGCUCUCAAGUCGGAGCUGAUCCUGGAUCCUGUGGUAUUUCUGUACUGCAGAGAUGAGCUCUGUGGCGACAGACAAGGUUGCAGGAAAGCUGAGCUCUACUCUCUCAUGGGUGAAGAACACUGUGUCACACACCGUCAGUCAAAUGGCCAGUCAGGUGGCAAGUCCAUCUGCCUCCUUACACACAACAUCCCCCUCCACCACUCUGUCCACACCCGCCCUGUCGCCAUCCUCACCAACACAGCUGAGCCCAGACGACUUAGAACUACUCGCAAAACUUGAGGAACAGAACAGACUCUUGGAAACCGAUAGCAAAUCCUUACGAUCAGUAAAUGGGUCAAGAAGAAACAGUGGGUCGUCUCUUGUGUCUAGUUCAUCAGCUUCCAGCAAUCUCAGCCACCUUGAAGAAGACUCAUGGAUCCUGUGGGGGAGGAUUGUGAAUGAAUGGGAAGAUGUACGGAAAAAGAAAGAAAAGCAAGUUAAGGAGCUGGUUCGAAAAGGGAUACCUCAUCACUUCAGAGCAAUUGUUUGGCAACUUUUAUGCAGUGCUCAAAGCAUGCCAAUUAAGGAUCAGUAUUCAGAGCUUUUGAAAAUGACAUCUCCUUGUGAAAAAUUAAUAAGAAGGGACAUUGCUAGGACAUACCCUGAACAUGAUUUUUUCAAAGAAAAAGAUAGCCUUGGGCAGGAGGUCUUGUUCAAUGUAAUGAAGGCUUAUUCUUUGGUGGAUCGUGAGGUUGGAUACUGUCAAGGAAGCGCUUUUAUAGUUGGAUUACUGCUUAUGCAGAUGCCAGAAGAAGAGGCGUUCUGUGUGUUUGUUAAAUUAAUGCAAGAUUACAGACUACGAGAACUCUUUAAACCAAGCAUGGCUGAACUGGGCCUUUGUAUGUACCAGUUUGAAUGCAUGAUACAGGAGCAUCUUCCAGAGCUUUAUGUGCACUUUCAGUCUCAGAGUUUUCACACUUCUAUGUAUGCAUCAUCGUGGUUUCUAACUAUAUUCCUUACAACUUUUCCACUACCAAUUGCAACGAGAAUAUUUGAUAUCUUUAUGUCUGAGGGUUUAGAAAUAGUAUUUCGAGUAGGUUUAGCACUACUUCAGAUGAACCAGGCAGAGUUACUGCAACUUGACAUGGAAGGAAUGUUACAGCACUUUCAAAAGGUCAUUCCACAUCAGUUUGACAGUGGUCCAGACAAAUUAAUCCAAGCAUCUUACCAAGUCAAAUACAAUGCAAAAAAGAUGAAAAAGUUAGAAAAGGAAUACACUACAAUAAAGACAAAAGAAAUGGAGGAACAAGUUGAAAUUAAAAGGUUACGAACUGAAAAUAGACUCCUAAAGCAGCGCAUUGAAACACUAGAAAAAGAAAGUGCUUCCUUGGCAGAUAGAUUGAUACAGGGACAAGUGACAAGGGCCCAGGAGGCUGAGGAAAACUACCUCAUAAAACGGGAGCUGGCCACCAUCAAACAGCAGAGUGAUGAGGCCAUUACUAAACUGGAGCAAGCUGAGAAUACCAUCAGGGAGCUCCAACAACAGCAACAAUGGCAUAAAUGCAGUUCACGAUACAGUGAAGACUUUGUGCUACAGCUGGAAAAAGAGCUGGUCCAAGCCAGGCUGAGUGAAGCAGAAUCGCAAUGUGCCCUGAAGGAGAUGCAAGAUAAAGUUCUAGAGAUGGAAAAGAGGAACAGCUCCCUCCCUGAUGAGGAAAAUGUUGCCAGACUACAAGAAGAAUUAAUUGCAGUAAAAUUAAGAGAAGCAGAAGCUUCGAUGGGUCUCAAAGAACUAAGGCAGCAAGUCAAAGAUUUGGAGGAACACUGGCAGCGUCAUCUAGCUCGAACCACUGGAAGAUGGAAAGAUCCUCCCAAAAAAAAUGCAGUGAAUGAACUACAGGAUGAGCUGAUGACAGUCCGGUUGAGAGAAGCAGAAACUCAAGCUGAACUGAAAGAGACCAAACAAAGAAUGAUGGAGAUGGAAACACAGAAUCAGAUCAAUAGUAAUCAUUUACGAAGGGCAGAGCAAGAGGUUACCAACCUACAGGAGAAGGUGCAGUAUCUUUCUGCACAGAACAAAGGACUUCUGGCUCAGUUGAAUGAAGCAAAACGUAGACAAGCAGAGAUUGAAUGCAAGAGCAAAGAAGAAGUGAUGGCAGUUCGGCUCCGGGAGGCAGACCGCAUUGCAGCUGUGGCAGAACUCCAGCAGCAUAUUGCUGAAUUAGAAAUCCAGAAAGAAGAAGGAAAAAUUCAAGGGCAGCUUAAUAAAUCUGAUUCUAACCAGUACAUCAGAGAACUGAAAGAUCAGAUAGCUGAGCUGCAUCAUGAGUCCCAACAGGCUACAGCUUCUGUGGAGCAACUUUUUGUUACUCUUGCCAGUAAGUACGGCAGCUUGGUUGCCCUGUCUUUGGCACAGGAGAAACAAGGUCUAGUGAGCACUAUAUUCUGUCACUUGACUUUCCAGUUCCUGUGUUUUGAUCAACGUGACAUAAAUGACAUGAGUAUACAGACACUGCACGAUUCAUACUGUGGUUAUAUAUUCUCAGGCUGCACAAGGAGUGGUAAUACUUCACAGAAGUUGCCUUUGAUUAGACACCAAAAUGAUAAGUGAAAGCAACUUUUGUGGUACAUUUUUACUGUUCAAGAACAUAUCCCACUCAGUAGGCAGUACUGAAGUAAAGCUGUUAUCCUAUGUGGAAAUGAAUACACUGGAAGUUUUGGACUGUUACGAGUUUCCACUAAGUAAAUUUAAAAGUUUAAGAAAAAGUAAGAUGAAUCUCGAACAAGUUGUUACUCUUUUCAACACAAAUCACAUACUGAGGAAACAAGGAGAGGGUGUUCGUAGUUUUCCACUUUUUCCUUUUAAUUCAAACUGAAUGGAAUUAAAUGAUUUAUAAACUGCUGAAGUUCUGCAUUUCAUGCACUACCCCUCUGUACGUGCAAUCACUUUAUAUAUAUUACCCAGCAGCUGGCUCUGCUUCCUGUUGGAUGUUGCAAGGCUUGCAUGUGUUACCUAGAUUACAGGAGUGGUACAAAAGAUUAGAAUUGACGUGCUUACCCACAAACUACACUGGCAGACCACAAGACACCUUUGGAGACAAAAGCAAGUGGUUUCCAGUCUUUCAGACUUUGUGAUUUAGGACUGAAGUGCUUAAGUUGUUUCACAUGAAACUUUACAAAGUUUGUCAUAUUGUUAGCUGAUUUUUGUGUCUCUUAGAAUCUUUUAAUGAGUUUGUUUUGCUCCUAAAUUGCAUUUUCUUAUUUAUACUACUACAGUAUUUCAAAUGGGGAUUUGUUUUAAGCUUAUGACGGAUUUCAUAUUAAAGGCUAAAUUCUGCCUAACACUGAGGUCCACAAAAGCCUUUCAGUGCAUUUUUCCAUGAAGCUAUGAUUCAUCUGUGUAUUGGGUAUCUGUGUUAGAGGACAGCUUUAUGAAGAGAAACAACACUUCCUUCACUUAGCAUAUUUUUCCUUAGGAAGCAGAAAUAUAGAUGUUCAAAACAGCCUGUUUUUCAAUUAUACUAUGGCAUCUGUGCAUCUGCAGGGACUAUUCCACCUCCCACCCCUCCCCAUGAAUUUAGAGAGCUAAUUGCUGGAGUUUGGGAAGAACAUUCUGGGAAACUUCAUAUUUUGCCUUUUUUCUGCAGGCAUCUGCCAUUGACCACUGUCAGAGACAGAAUACAGAGCUAGUUUUCUCCUAGCUGUUUCUCUGUAUUGAGAUAUGCUCUCGACAGCUAAUUGUAAUAUUUUGAGAGGAAGCAAGGAUGAGAUUUUCUAAUGUGCAAAUCUUAUGCAUGUGUUUGGUAUUUGAAUGAAAACCAAAAUCCUGAUGGUAGUGUGGCACGCUGUUCCAACAGUUAGAAAACUGUCUGCAAACUAGCCCAGUUAACAAUAUUUCAGCUUGGCUGAUGGAAAAGAAUAACAUGGCGAAUUACCUGGGGCAUUAUUAUUCUGCCAAAAUAAUUUCUGAGGCAUUUAAAAGGCUUUUCACUUAAAGUACCUUUAAGUGAAAUUCUAGUGAUUAAAUUCUUGCAUAUUGACAAUGCAGAAAAGGGGGAUUUUUUUAAAGGUAUUUCCCAUUUCAGUAUCUGAAAACUUGAUGGCUAUUCAAAGAAGUAAUGACCAUUAGCUUACUACUCUUCCAUUCCCACAUACAUAGAGUUUAUCUAGGAAUGGAUGAUAUAGUAUGUUUUAAGAACCUAAUGCAGUCAGCAAGAUUCUGAUAUAGGUGUUAUCUCAUGGUCUGAUCAUGCUCCUGGUGAGCUAACAUUUUAAGAUUGGCUUAAUGAAAAAAGAUAUAAAAGUUGGAGAUUAAAUACUGUGCUUUUAAAAGAUUUUGCUUGUGUAAAUAAAAUUCAAAACACUUUAAGUAAUGACUUUGAGGAUAAAUAAUGCAUAAGUUGUGACCAAAGGAGUAACUGGUAAUAUGGCUGAAUUAAGGAUACAUCUUGCAACCUGCAUUAGCUUUCUAGGCUUUUUCACUGCUGAAACUAAAAUGGAGAAGGGAAAGUAAACUGUAGCUCAUCAGUGUGAAGGAUUAAAAAAAACACCUAUAUGGGCCACGCAAUAAAAUACCUAAAUAAAAUUCAAUGCACUACAGUACCAGGAUGAAAGAAUAAACCACAUUAACAGUUCCUUUAAUCCUAAAUAUCAUAAAUAUAUAUGGUAGGUAAGCUGUGUUUAAAAGCUGUCAUAUUAUGUCCUCUUUUUAUUAUUAGCUAAUAACCUUAUAUCACUGUGGGACAGCGAGUGGUUCUGGUCCCUGGCACAGGGAACCCUCGGUCCAAGCUGUCCAUUAGGAGUUGAGGGAAUAUCUUUACAAGCAGCUAAAUGAUGACUCCACAUCAGUCAUAGAUGAGCACAAAGUUGUGAUGCUCUUGUGACCCACUGGAAUAGCACCAGAUGGGUUGUCCACUUCCAGCAGCAUUCCUAGCUCCUAUUUCUCUCACAAUCACAGCAUCUGAGCUUGAAGAUGGGAUACCAGCGGGAAGCAUUAUUUCUUUCCUCUAUUAAUUUUAUUAUUUGGAUUCCUUUCAGUCAAAUUCAGUGCUUCCCAAAUCAAAUGUUCUCUUAUCUGAUGCACCACUGGACUGCAUUCAAAAGCAGAGUAAAUAACUUGGAGUAAAUAACAUACCUUAGAAUAAUGGGGAUAUGAGGAUUAACUGGGGAAAGUGAAUUCUAGUUGCAGUUCAGCCUACUAGAAUUUUUUUCAAAUUCUCUGGAGACAGAGGGUGAUGGACAGUGGUGGUCAGAUCAUAUGGGCAAAUGAGAAUGGGAGAUCAGAUUUAUCACAGUUUAGGUACCUCAGAAACAGAAAUAGGUAACACUUCUUUCAUCAGAACUAAGGCAAGAAUAGCAAGUCCAAAAAGGCCUAGUAAUCUUCCUGUAAUAUUUGUUAUUAGAUAUAAUGCUCUUUCACUCAGUCUCUCAACAACUUAUUUCCCCCUCUUUCUUCUCGAAGGAGCAUACUAUUUCCUUUUCAUGUAGUACAAGCACGUGGAUUUGUCUCUUGGAAGCUGUCAUUUUGCUUGCUUUCAUAAAACCAACUAGGCUGCAUGGGAUUUAUUUCAGUCAAUUUUUACAUUGUUUUCCCUCCACAGUUCUCAGUAGAACUAUAAUGUUGGUUAAAACUCCUGUAUUAACUCUUGCAAAGCACUUGUUUCUCAAUACAGAAGAGAAUCACAUUAACAUCUUCUAAUAGUAUGUUUUACUAGACAAAUGCUUUCAAAAUAUGUGGCUCUCUAUAAAUGUUUUCUUACUUGAUAAGAAGUGUUGUCCCUGAAAGGAAAUAUGUUAGCCCUCAGAUUUACAGAGUAAGCAUUUCAACUUGUGGUGGAAGUUUAUAUAGCACAAUAAAUCAUGUGCUUUUCUUUUACCAUAUCUUGCAAGCACAGUUGGACAAGAGAUGAUCAGAUUUUUCCCUCUCCACAAGUAAAAUUCUUGCAAGGCUGCUGGACAGCUAAAAAUGUAGUUGCUUUACUAGUUAUGUGUCAAAGUUACAGAGCCUCCGUGCUGGCAGAGUCUGAUUUAAGUGGUUGUGGUCAGUCUGAGGAACCUGUGAUGUGAUAAGAUAGCGUUUGUGAGGUCAUGUGGUUUGCAAACACCCAAUCUAACGUAGCAGCUUUGUCUACACAGGAUAGUUAAAUAUACACUCUAUGCUUUAGAAAAGGGAAUUGCUUUAGUUCUUAGGCUCAACUUGUCCUUCAGAGUCAGAUGUUAAGCUGGCUUGAUAAUGCCCAGAUUGUUACAGAAGUGGAGGACUGAUCAGAUUGAGAGUCUUAUUAUCCAGUAACUUUCUCCAAUUUAGUCCUGACUUGAAUAAAGCAACUAGCUUUAGAAACUGUCUGGCUAAACUAAGCAAUCAACAGUCAGAAGGAAGGCACAAUGGAAUCUCUGUAUUUUAUGAACUCGUUUAAUUCAAUUAACUUUGGGUGGUCAUAGUGUAAUUAACACAGUCAUGUUACACUUGCCCAAAAUGAUACGAUUGAUUCCUUAGUGAUGGUACUUCAUUCCAUGAAUCUUUGGACACAAACUCCAUCUUCAUCUUUGCAUGAGGUAAGGUUGAUUCCUCUCCCUUCCCCCCAGUAACAACACCAUCAACAAAAUAUUUUCCAUCCCUUGUGAGGGUGAAGGAAACCUCUAAAUGUGAAGAGUGUAACCAGGACACUGAUGUAGUCCGUCCUCAAAUGGAACAUGUCUUUGUUUACUUGGAUGAGGGACACGUGAUUCUUAACUGUUUCACCACCACUAGUGACAGAUUAGAUAAAAUAAAUGAAGAUGGCUGAAGGUUUUCACGUUUUCCCUUUUUUUUUCCCUGUGUCCUACUGCAUCGAAGUUCCAGAUCUGUCUUGCUGAGCAGUAUAGUAUUUCUUGACUGCACCAUUAAAGAUGAACAUAGCUAUAUUGUGUCCUUCUUUAGAGUUUGUCUGGAUUGCUAAAGCAAGUAAACUGAUAAUAGAUAAAGUUAUUUCACUGUCUUGGCAAUAAUGUUCUUGACUGUUGAAACUGUGUGACCUGCCUGCUGUACUGAUUAGAGCUAUGUCAGCGUCUGUUGUGUGUUUCUGCCUGUAAAUUAAGUUUUUGGGGAUUGAAAAGUGGAGGAAUUGAGGAAUUGAGGUUCUACUGGUUUAUCUGAGUGGUUGUUCCUUGCAAAAAUUAGGUGCUGCCUAGGUGAGAAGCACGCUGAAGAGAGGACUGCUAUGUGUUAGCUUGUAAUAGGUCUCCGUAAACUUAUCUGAAUAUAAGUGAGGCAAACAGUGGAAAUGUGGUAGAAACCCCUCCUAAAAUUCUUUUAUCACUUUGAGUGGCAGCCAGCACAAACGAAAGUAGUUUCUGCAGUCAGAGGCAAAAAUGUUACUUAGUCCAUUUAAAACUGCUGAGUUUAACUUGUGCUUUAAAAGGACAGAGUAAAAGUGUGAAAUGAUCAUUUCCUGUAACUGUUGCCCGGAAUGGGUAUAUUUUCAGUCUCUCUAUCAGCCAGUACAUUCUAGUUAAUGCUGGAGGUUUCAGUAACAUUUGUAUUUACAGAUGCAUACUGUAGAGAGGCGCACUGAGACUUAGGUAUUUCCUUGGAUAUAAUAAUUGCAGUACAUUCAGUAUGAUUAUACUGCUGUUUUAAAUUAUUUUUGUUGUCGUGUCCUCACUGCAAAUAUACACUUCCAUCAGAGCUUCUUGUAGAGUUUCUAGGAACUUUCCAUAAAUAACUAGUAGGUAGGUGGAAGGAAAAUUCCUAGACCUGUAGCUUGGAACUUUCUUUGGAAUUGCAUACAAUCUCACUACAACAAACCUGUCAGUCUUACAAAAAUUCCGUCAAGAAAUAAAACCUGACUUAUAAUUGCCAAAUACUAACUUUUUUGAAAAUAGUGUAAGAGUUGGGUAUUCCUUAGCACUGUUGCUAUUUCAAUUGCAUAUUUGAUACCUAACUUCAAAGUUUAACUUGAUUACACAGCACUAGAUCAAAACCAGAUUCUUUAACCAUAUAGUGCAGUGAUCAAAACGUCAUGACCUCCCAUUGAUCGCUUUAUUGGUUUCCUGUUCUGAUUCACUUGAAACCUUCUGAUCUGAACACUUGGUGGUGGUUUUAAUCUUUGUCACGUUUACAAUACAGCAGACUAUGGUAAAACUGAUACACAACACACAUUUAACAUCAUAUUUCCUUUUGGCUCAAGUGCUCUCCAAAUAAUAAUGUUGAAAAAACACUUUUUAUAAAAACUUAAGUCAGGAAAUAUAAGAGUACAUUCAGAGCAAUAGGAAAUAAAUAGCUGGACAGCUGGAGCUGAGAUAAAUAUUUCAGAUAUUUGAGAUAAAUAUUUCAGGUUGUAUACCAGUGUGUUAUAUACUAGUGUGUUACUCUUGAUCAUCCUUUUAAAAGUACGAGUUUCAAAAACUAAGGUAAUACUUUCAUUAAACAGGAGACUACUAAUUAAUCACAUACUUAAUCUUGGAUUCCAGAGAGUUAAAGAUGAGUUGGGCAGAUUCAUCUAAUGUUGUAGUACCUCAUGACUGUUGCUUUUAAGCCUACUAUAGAUGGGGGAAAAAAGUCAGGCCAGUUUUUAACUGGUGUUUUUAAUUUUCAGCAAUAGCAGCCAUAUUUGCACAGCCAGAAUAAGCGGCCUAGGCCUGUUCAGGUAUUUAUCGUUGUCAUUCACUGGUGUUCUGGCUCAGACCCACAGUAGGAUUAUCUAGCCUGGAGUUUACUACUUGCUCUAAUUUCUGAUUAGCUUUUGUUACCAGUUUCAAGGUGUUUUGCUGCAAUUGCUCUAAGAAGUGGGUAGAUAAUACUGCAACAAUAUUAGAUUGGAUUUAAUUUACAAACUCCAAGACCAGUUGUACUAUUUUGAGAUAGUGCAGAUCAAGAAGUUCAAAGAGAACCUGCAGACAACUGGAUAUGGACACUUGCAGUCUUCCUACCAUGAAAUGUGCUGCAAAUCAGCACCUUUGAACCCUUCUGCUAUACUGAAAUUAAUCAAAAACUAACUUUCCCAAUCUGCUUCUUUCUGCUUGUCCUAAAAACUCUAGCAAAUCAAAAUUAACUUUUCUCCAAGAUUCAUUUUAUUACACCUCAAGAUAAGAAGCCAAAUAUUCCACCAAGUCCUCUAAAACUUUUUGUCAACAGAUUUUUAUCUUGGUAUGACCAUUAUAAAAUUUUUGGGGGGGCCAGAUGAGAUAAUGCUGGAAGGAAACAAAUACAGCUCUGAACACAUCUCUACAAAGCAGAGUUAAUUUUCUUUAGGACACUAUUUUAUAUUCUUUAUAAAUAAUACUUUAUAGAAACCACUAAACUUGUGCUAUUCUAGAAUCACUAACUCAUAUCACUUGUUUGUUGAUUGUGCAGGUUUCCUGUUUUUGUCAUGCUACACUCAGUCCCAAAUAAAUGGCCAAAUGUGCUAAGAUGGUCCCAGACAGUCUUGAGUAUGUUAGAAUGCAGCUUGGCUCUUCCUGUAGGGAUCUUACAGGGUCUGCCUAAUAACCUGAUUUCAAAGGUCAUUGCUGGACUCCCUAAUAAUCAACAUUUUGUUCAUCUCACUGAAAGCUGGGUGAAAAUUUUUAGACAAAGAAAUGAAUUAAUGUAUAUAUCAAAGACUUUAAAAGUGUCUUUAAAAAAAGCUUUUAUGAGAAAUGAAAUGUUUAAUGGUGAUUCAUUAACGCUAAGAAAAGGAAGCAGUUUUGCAAACAAAUUUUUGAAAUACUCUCACUGCAUGUUCUUUGUAAACAUGAUCAAGACAUUUCCUGCUUUCUUAAGUCACAGCACCUAAUGCACUGGAUUUUUUUUUAAGCAAUUUCAGUUUGCUUUAUUUUCCUUAACUAGUUUAAUUUCUUUAUUUAGUCCCUGAUGAGAAACUUGAGUACUGCCUUACCAAUAUCACCUUUGGGGGUGGGGGAAAGGCAAAAGCAAAGGCAAACUAUAGAUCUAUGUAGUGGUGGCUCUAGUCUGCUAGACUCGAAAUUUAUGUCAAACCAUCACCCUAAACACUUCAGGCUAACUUUAAUAUUUUUAGUUUAGGUGAACUCCAUGGGGAAAAGUAUUUUUGUUAGUGGCGUUAUAAAACUUCCCUGAAAUAGUCUUCCAGAGUUUUUAAAUGCCUUUUUAAAUGUAUUCACUUCCCUCCUGAUGUCCAUGGUUCUUCAACACCCAUUAGAGUGUACUGAACAGCUUGAUUUCAGAAAAAUUUAGCUAAUUUGCUGGGAUUUUUUUGCUUUUGGCACAAAAUUAAAUCUUAGGGAACGGAGCAGUAAAGAGAACUGUAUACUAACACUUCCUAUUUGAGAAUGUCAUUGUCUAUUGUAUCAAUUUCAAAAUUAGUUAGAUUUUACGAUGAAGCAGAAUGUCUUUAGGGAAUCUGAGAAGACUCAAAGUUGUUCUGAAGAGUUUAGAUAUUUUAAAUUGAAAAGAAAAUAAAAAGAUGUGUGAAAGCAAUAAACGAAGAUGUGACCUAUUUCCUGAAUUUCUCUACUAAGAAUAUCCGACUAUUGCAGAUCUUGCAUGUCUGCCUCACAGCAAAACAAAGACACGAUUCAUUGUGAUUUCUCUUUCCUUUGCCUCCCUUUUUUUAACAUAUUGUCUGGAUAUAUUUUGAGGUCUAAAAAAUGUAUUUUGAGGUCUACAUUUCAUCUUUUAAAUCGGUAGGGGUAGAUAGGCAUUGGAGAAUCCAGAAUGGCUUUGUUGAGAGACUGGGGGGAGGGCCCAUCUCUGUAGCUUUUCCAGGAUUUCAAAGAGGAGAAGCCCCUCCCAGCUGUCACCUUUCAGUGAGUCCAGGGUUGUUAGAGUCUCUUCCUCUGGAGGGACAACAGCGAUUGGGUAGUGGGAGCAAAUCGAGUAAAUGGGAGUUCCUGGAUUCAGCAUCUGUUUGGUCAGGUUUGUUUGGGCUUCUUGAAUCAUCAGUAAUUUCCAAGAAUGACCCUUGUCUGGCACUGAUCAUGGCUGUUACUUAGAAACUGUUAAUCCUAAUUAUGGCUGCAUUUAUAGCUAUGGUUUUAGAAAAAAGCCCUUAAUGCUAACUGAAGUGAAACAGGAAAUUCACUGACGCUGAAAUAAAAGCCACAACUUCGAGCUUUGUCCUAAUACAGUUACAAAGAUAACACAUUGCUAAUUUAACAUAUAUUUUUAAAAUUUGUUAGAGAAUGUGUCACUAUUUCUAAGCAAAGAAUAUCGUACUAUAUACAAUAUGUGUUGUUGAUUUUUACAAAUAAUCUUAUUUUACAUGUAAUCUGAAGGUAUACGAGUUGUCAGGAAAAGACAUAGGAUAGUCUUUUGCAUAUGAUCCAUAUGUUUGGGUAAAAACUGCCUCAUGCUUGAGGAAAAUGAAGAAUGUCUUCUAAAGCUGGUUUGGUUUUGCUUUAAACUUUUUCUUUCUUGCAGGAUUAAUUGAACCAUACCUAAUAUUUUUUUAAAUCUCAGACUGUCAAAAAAUGGCUUUCAUUAAAAUGCUCUGAUACAAUUCUGUCACAAUGCAUGUCUAGCAGUCCUUUUCACAUAAGGAAGCUGAUUCUGUUGAGAAAGUUUAGAAAUCCUAUUUCCAUUGUAGCUGUACAGCCAUUAAACUUGUUAAGAAUUGCUUUAGAUGAUGGAUUGCUAUUAUUAGUUUCUGCAACCAUUCGUUUAGCUCACCUUGUCUCCGUUUGUGCAGUGUUCGUGUUGUGAUGGUUUCAGUAUGAAUGUGACUCAACCAUGUAUUUAAAAAUGGGCUUCAGAGAGUUUAAGAUAUCUAAGGAGCUGCUUGUGUUCAUGGAAGUGAAAAAGUAGCAUGAAAAGGCCUGCAACCUUGACAUUGUUCAUUUCCUUUGUGUGCAUGUGCAGAAAUGCUUCUGCAUUGUACCUGCUGGAUGUAACAGUUGUCUGGACUGAUAUUUAUCUCCCAAAUGACAACAUAUUUUCCAUUAAUUCAGUUGAAGGUGCUCCAAGUACUUAAUUUCCUGAGAUAAGCAUUUUUCCAAAAGAAGUUACUGGGAGUGAUUUUAAAGUAGUGAUAGUGUACUACUGUAUGCCUUAAACUGAAGUAAUCUCAUUACAAGUGGGAUAGUCAGCACUAAGUAGCAGUCAACUGUUAUAUAUGAUAAGGGAUCCCAUUAGAUGCUGUGGACAGUCUCAGGACAUUUUAAGAACUCCAAUUAAAUUGCUUUUAUUCAUGUUAAAUGUAAUUAUAAUUUAAUAGAUCAUAACUGAUUUUUUUUUUGGCUUCUAAUUAGGUUUUGACUUCUAAAUCUCUACUUUCAUCUUGCCAAAUUGACAAUGCUUUUUAUGCAUUAUAGGACAGGUAUUUGAAAAUGCUUAUGACUUGUUUCUUCAGCUAGAACAUACUUUCAGCAACAUUCUAAUUUUGACACAGGUUUGGUUUUUAAGUAUGAAAUCGUAUGAAGAGUUCCUGUUACUAAGGUAGAGAAAAAUAAUGAGGGAACUCUGAUUUUUAGAUUCCUCUUGUUAUAAGUAAAAGCACUGAGAAUUCAGUAUCUUUAUUCUUUAAAUAAAAAUGUAACAUCUUGCCUUCUACCAAAACCAAUUUUAUUCACUUGAGGCAGUGGUCAUAUUUUUAUCGUAUUUUGAUCUCACCUGUGUAUUGUAUAUUAAAUAUUUAUUGGCAAGUUUUGUUAAAACUUGUCUUUACUAUUUCAGAAUUGAGUAAAUUUCAAGAAUUAGUAACUGAAGCCUUUUAAAGAGAGCAGACAGUAGCAUUUUAGUUUGAGUUUUCACCACUGAACUCCUAGCUUUAAAAAAUCCUACAGGUUACAACAUAAAAAUGCCUCCCAGAGCUUAAGCAGAACUCUUUUCACAAAGUGCCACUUGAAAAUAUGACAUAUGUUCUCUAGUUAAAAAAAACCAAAGGGUCUUGCAACUGAAUAGCACGCUUCAAACUAUGAUCCUAUGAUUUAAUAUAGAAGACCUUUUGAAUUGUUUUAAAACUUCUAAAUUUCUCUUUACUGUUUCUCCUUCAUGCCUGGCUC